ACUUCCAACUAAAACCCUACCAGUGCUCUCUGCAGGUAAGGUAAGGUAAGGUAAGGGAAGGGAAGGGGGGAAGCUCUCGUUUUUGCAGAUUUACUAUGAAUCUGAAUUUUGCAAGAAUUAGCAUGAGCUGCAACCCGAGCACGAAUCAGAGCCCGGGUCCGGUUACGUCCCCAGCUUUGUCUGGCGUCCGGAGGCUGAAGAAGCGGCAGAACGGGUCGGACUCGAUCGAGGACACUCUCUCAAGGUGGAAGGAGCACAACGAGAGCAGCCCCACCUCGGGGAGGCGUGUCCCGCCCGCGAAGGGCUCGAGGAAGGGGUGCAUGAGGGGGAAGGGCGGGCCCGAGAACUCGGUAUGCAGCUACCGCGGCGUGAGGCAGAGGACCUGGGGCAAGUGGGUGGCUGAGAUAAGGGAGCCCCUGGACAAGUCCCGGGGCCAGGUGAAGGCCAACAGGCUGUGGCUCGGGACUUUCGAGACCUCCCACAAGGCAGCCCUGGCCUACGACGAGGCCGCCAGGGCCCUGUAUGGACCGCUGGCCAGGGUGAACUUCCCUGAGUGGACGGCCUCUGCUUCAGCUUCAACCCUGUCGAAGCCGAGUUGCUCGAGGGAGAGGCAGGAGAUUGAUGGCUGCGAAGUUAGUAGCGGCGGGAGUCGCUUUGAGGGGAAAGAGAUUGUUGAACCUUCUCCAAAUGGCAGUUUUGGGACGUUGUCUCCAGUGAAAAUUCCGGAUUCCGAUCCUUCAACUGUUCAGGGUAGUUUGGAAGUUAAAGGCGAACCAUCAAGUGAUCGUAUGGAACUUUAUGGACCCAUGAUCAAUGGAAAUACUGCGGUUAAACCGGUUCCGAGCUCUCGUGAUCCAGGACUGGAGUUGUUCUGCAGGUGUAGCGGGCUGAAGUCUUACACCAUCUCGCAAGCCAGCGGAAAUUUGGACGACCCCGGAACUUGUUAUGUGCCUUCAAGUGCUGCCAGCGUCGAACUUGCAGGGAGCAUGGACUCCACCUGCUCAAAUUCUAUAAACAGUUGCAACAACAGAGUCGAUGGUCGAGCUUACCAUGGUGCUGUGGCCGCAACCAUAAAAAUGGAACAACAACAGCUAGGUCGAGCCGACUCUAUUGGUUCUUCUGAUCAGCCAUUCGUUAGGGAGGCUGGAGCAGCAGGGCUGUGGGAUCAGCAUUCGAAUUAUGGCUUGAUGUGGAAGUCAGGAGGUUGUGGGAUGCUCGGGGAUCAGGUGGGAGAUGAUGAAGAGGGCACGAGCUACAACUUUGAUUUCCUGAGGCCGGACUAUGAUUUCGGGUUGGUCGAGGAGCAGGGGCUGCUGCAUUCAUGGUUCCGUCAAUGACAUUAUCAGUUCAUUUUUCUGUUGUUGUUACAAACUCGGGCAACAAAAUUUUGAGGACUUCCGUUGUUAGUUGAUCCGAAGUUUCCAUAGUGUUCAAUAUUGAUAAUUUAUAUCGAGUUGUGAAAAAUUAUUACAUGGUC